CUUAUCACUUCAGCCUAAUUUCCAGUCUUUGUUUACAUCCAAACAACUCCAGUUUAAGCAGAAAAAAUCGUGAAAAGGCAUUUUCCCUCCGGCAUUGAAAGUCAAAAACCUAGUCUUUUCAAUACCUAGGGUUUCAUACACUUAAGAUCGAUCCCUUCUUCAAUAGCUAUCGAUUCGUAUUUCUUUCCCUUGCUGGGAUUAGAUUAGAUCUUCUUCGUGGCGUUCUUUUUGGGUUUCAGUUCAUCUCACUCAUCAUAAUGGCUACUUCCUACCCAGGACCCCGUUCAGGUUGGUUCAUACUUUGUGGGACAAUACUAUCAGGUGCUACGACAACAACCUGAUCUAGUUCAUCAGUUUUACUCGGAUGCCAGUAGCGUGAUUCGGGUCGAUGGAGAUUCCUCUGAAUCUGCUUCUUCAAUGCUGCAAAUUCACACUUUGGCCAUGUCUCUGAACUUUACUGCAAUUGAGAUCAAAACAAUUAAUUCUCUUGAUUCUUGGAACGGAGGAGUUCUGGUGAUGGUCUCUGGUUAUGUUAAAAUCAAGGAUUUCAAUGGCAGAAGGAAAUUUGUGCAAACCUUUUUCCUGGCUCCCCAAGAUAAGGGCUACUUUGUUCUUAAUGAUAUCUUUCAGUUUGUUGAUGAUGGAAUGGUUUAUCAACAUCCAGCUUCAACUGUAAAAGAAGACAAGCUUGAUUCUAAGUUAAAUGUAUCAAGCCCUGUUGCAGAGCCACCAGUUUAUGACUACGCUUUGGAGGAAGAGGUCAGUGAGUACAUCAACUUGGUUCGUAUAGAAGUUUUUCCAGUUGACAAAUAUAGUCUCCCAGACCAAGAAGAUGUUGAAGAUAAAGUUACAGUGGGGGAAGCUCCUGCAGAGGAAACUCUUGUUUUGCAUCACAGUGUGGUGGACACCGUGCAAGAACCUCCAGCUAUACCUUUGGAUGAACCUGUUCAGGAGCCUCCAAGGAGAACUUAUGCUUCUAUUUUGAAUGUUCCGAAGCAGCAAUCUGCUUCAUCUGUUCAAGUUCAACAUUCUUACAACAAGACCCCCCCGAGCACCACAGAUUGGGACCAUACACCAGAGUCUACUAGCCAGCAGUCACGUCCUGCUUGGUCAGAUGUGCCUGAAUCUGCAGCAGAGACAAAAGUUGAGGAAGGCCUAAUCUCUGAAGAAGGUGAAUAUACUGGUGAAUAUAAAUCUGUAUAUGUGAGAAACUUGCCUUCUACUGUUACUGCUGCUGAAAUUGAACAGGAGUUUAAGAAUUUUGGAAAAAUCAAGCCUGACGGUGUGUUUCUCCGUGUCCGCAAGGAUGUUGUUGGUGUUUGCUAUGCUUUUGUUGAGUUUGAAGACAUCCUUGCUGUUCACAACGCAAUCAAGGCAUCUCCUAUACAGUUUGCAGGAAGGCAAGUCUACAUAGAGGAGCGCAGACCAAAUAGCAGCAGUACUCGAGGAGGAAGAAGGGGAAGAGGCAGGGGCAGUUAUCCACCUGAAUCCUCAAGAGGUCGCAUUGGUUCUCGAAGUUUGGGUAGGGGAAACGACCAAGAAUCAGGUGACUACAGAUCAAGAAGCAAUGGUUUGUAUCAGCGAGGUUCUAGAUAAGAAAGAAGCCUAGUAAACCGACCGAAUGCGAGUUGGCUGAACUUUUCUACUUGUGGCACAUGACGGAUUGGUGUUCUUGAGAGUCUUGAUGGGUGAUUGAGGUGUUAGCAGCAGCUCUCAGUGAAACUUCAGAAAAAUAUGCAUCUACUUUUUUGUACGUGUUAUUUCAGUUAAAUGGAGUGUUGGGUUACAAUUUUUAAUUUUGGUUGAUGGGUCAUUCAUGUUUCUCCCUUGAAUGUUGUUAUUUUGUUAUGCAAUACAAGUGGAGAAAUUGUGUUUU